UCAUCCUCCUAAUCCUCUCUGUACUCUUGCUGGCAACAAGUGUCUCCUCCUACUUCGACCUCCCUCUUCUUCCCUUCCCUCCGCCUCUCUCUCCUUCAAUUCUUGAAAACCCUAACCCUAAUUUUCUCUCUCUAAACAUAUACAUACAGUCGCCUCUCAACCCACAAUUUUCACUCCUCCUAUGCUCUAACACAAACAACCCAACAUGAUUGUUCAAGUCCUCAUAUUCUCUAUUGUUUCAAUUUCGACCCAUUUCUUGGCUUCGGCUUCUGAAGCAUUAUCGAUAUAUGAAGUUCUUCGGUCUCAUGGAUUGCCCAUGGGUUUGUUACCCAAGGGUGUGAAAGAAUUUCGCUACGACGACUCUGGUAGUUUCGAGGUUUAUUUAGAUCAAGCUUGUAAUGCUAAGUUUGAGAAUGAAUUACACUAUGAUCGGAAUGUUUCGGGCACUAUCACCUACGGCCAGAUCGCUGGUUUGUCUGGCAUAUCGGCCCAAGAUUUGUUUCUUUGGUUCCCUGUGAAGGGAAUUCGGGUUGAUGUACCGAGCUCGGGCUUGAUUUACUUUGAUGUUGGUGUUGUCUUCAAGCAAUUUUCGAUAUCGCUAUUCGAAUCGCCGCGUGAUUGUAUGGCUGUUCAGCCGCCUGAUAUUCAAGAUGGAAGCGCCAUUGUGGAAACUCUGUCUAAGAGUCUAUCUGGCAAGCUUAGAUAUCAUCUUGAUCAGCAAGAUUUUGUGAGGGCUGUUUUGUAGAUUCUGCAUGAUGAAUGGAUUUGAAGAAUAGCUCAAUCAAACCAAGGGUUUUCACUUCGCUGAGUGUACAUUUCUUGAGAGAGUCUGUUUAGCAAAUCCUAUGCUUCAUUUCGGUGUGCUUGCUUGGGGUUUUUGUAUAGUGCAGAGUGCAAACUAGUGUUGCUAGCUCCUGUCUAUGCGAGAAUCGAUGGUGAAUCUGUUUGAGGUACAGGUUAGCAGAAAAACAGUAUGAAAUUCAUUGUUCUCUCAUAUACAGAAAAUAGAAUGUGACAGGAGCAUCAUUUCAGUGGUUUGAUAUGAUAAAUCUGCCAAAAGUUUCUUUUAUAUGUUAAAUUCGUUGUCAAUAUAAGCAUAACAAUGGUUUCUCAAUCGAGUUUCCUUUUGCAGUGUAAUUGUUAGUGGUUGAGUUAUACAUACUUGCACAAUAGAAGAAUAAGAAAUAAGCUAGCUUUUUUUAUUAUUAUUAUUAUUUUAUCUACAUUUGUUCUCAUGUUUUGGGAAUUAAACUUUACUGCAGUUGCCUUUGCUCA